CGAUUAACGACGCUCUCCGGGGUUUUUGAAGCGGGCCACGCGCCGCCUGUACAAAAAAAGCUGCCCGCGAGAUCGUUGGGCAGCAACCACAAGGCAGCACCAUGGGCGCGACCGCCAGCGUGCAGCUCUGGACAUGGCAGAAGCUCGCCGAGCAUGCGGAGGCGGCAAGGCAGCCGCCCGUGGUCCUGGACGCCAUCCGCAAGCACAAGCUCGAUGCCGCGACGGCGCUCGAGAUGGGGGAGGAGGACGUGGCGCGGCUCAAGCCGAAACUCGAGCAGCUCGACCGGCUCAAGGUGCUGGCGGCCCUCGGGAAGAUAAAGUCCUUCACGCACGACGCCGACAGGGCGCGCGCAAAACUCGCCGGGCUGGCCGUGGACGAGUUCGGGGGGAUCCGGCCCAUGUUCGAGCGGCUGGACCGCCGGGACGCGCGGAACCUGUCGCUCGCCGAGUUCUCGCGGGGCCUCAAAAAACAUGAGCUCCACGGCCGGUUCCCGUACGAAGAGCAGCAGAUGGUCUUCAGGGCCAUCCACGCCGACGCGACAGAGAUGAUGUUCUUUUCGCAAAUCGUCGUCGUGGAGGAUCUCAUAGCCUGGCUCGAACAGCGCGACCCGAGGUACGCCUACGUGCCCGCCGACUACGUCGAGCCGCCCGAGCUCCAGACCGUGACGGCGGAGGCGCCGCGCAUCGACGCCGAUACGAUCUCGCGCGUCCAGAAGCCGCUCGGCGAGGGCAGCUUCGGCACCGUCGUGAGCGCGACGACCUGGAAGCAGUCGUGGCGUAAAAAGAAGCAGAAGGUCGCGCUCAAGAGCGCCACCGGGGCCGGUCUAGGAACGGACGUCGCCCCCGCCGAGCUGUUUGCCCUGCAGGAGCGGCCGAACCCGUUUGUCUUGCAAGUGCAUGGCGUGACAUCAAUAGAUGGCUUACCCAAUGUGCUGAUGGAGCUGGGCAUGUGCUCGCUGGCGGACGCGAUGCAAACGGGUCUCGGGCGGGACCGCCGCGAGGCGGUGCGCGCGGCGCGCGAUAUAGCACUCGGGCUCGAAUUCAUGCACAAGAAGGGCGUAUCUCACCUGGCCCUGCACCCGAAAAACGUCCUCCUGGCCCGGAAAUCAACGCAGGCGAGCGCCAACGCGUCCCGCGUGUUCCAGCACGCGCGGAGCGAUUCCACCGAGUCCUGGCCGCACGACGUCGUUCACUGCAAGCUCACGGACCAAAAGGACGUAUCUGUGGCCGCGCGGCGCGCGGCUGAGGGCUCGCACUACUCCGCCCCCGAGCUGCUGAGCGACCACGCGGGAGUGCACUACUCGUCGUUCGACGUUGCCCUGGAGAAGCGGUGCGACGUGUGGUCCUACGGCGCCGUGCUGGCAGAGCUGCUGACGGGUGAAGCCCCCUGGGCUGAACUUUCCAAAGAUGCGCUCGUCGCCGCAAAUAUGGCAGGCGCACCGCCGCCGCCGAUCCCCGAGUAUCUCGCCGAUUAUCUCGCCGGCGGAGAAGAAAAAGAACGCGUCGAGGCCCGCGUCGCCGCGCCGGAGCUCCUGGAGCUGGUCACGGACUGCCUGACCGUCGACCCGGCCGCGCGGCCGCGAUUCGAGGACGAUGUCGUGGAGCGCCUGGACCUGCUGCUCCUCAAGGCGGCCGUCGAGCAUCGCGAGGCCGGCGCGGAUCUACGGACUGCGGUGACGCACCUCGCGCAGCUCGCCAAGAUCGAGAAACUGAUCGAAGACGAGAAACAGAAGGACGCCGACGCCUACAAGCGGGCCUGGGAGGACUGCAAGCGCGACGCCGAGGAGGGGGAAGUCGACUACCUCAACCUGGCCUGCGCCGAGCUCCAGGAGGCGUUUUCGCCGGAAGUCGUGCGCCAGCCGGUAGCUUGUAGCGCCCGGGAGCUCGUCGCGAGGGCCUCGGACGUGAGCGACGCCUUCCACGCGACGCUGCGACCGGUCGUCGAGGAGGCCGGCGGCACGUAUAAGGAGGGGCCCCUCAAGCUGGAGGAGCGGGUCCGCGACAAGGCCCGCAGCGAUGACUACAAGGGCGACGUGGCGCGGGUCGUGGACGUGGUGCGCGCGACGGGCGUCUUCGAGAAAAUCCCGAGCUUCAAAGAGGCCAUCGCGGCGCUGCGCGCGCGCGACGACGGCGGCGACCUCCGGAUCCGCAGAGCGAAGGACCGCAUCAACAACCCCAAAGCGGGCUACAUGGACAUGCUCAUCAACGUGGAGAUCGAUAAUCAUGUGGGCGAGCUGCAGCUCUCGUUCAAAAAGCUGCUCGACAUCAAGCCCUCGGCGCACCGGAUCUAUAAUCUUACGCGGACGCUCGGUGGCGAGGGGCGGAUCCUGGACGAGCUCGGCCUCAGCACGCCGCCGAAGAUUACGCUGCACGAGGCGUGCGAAAGCGGAGACACCGAAGUCGUGCAGAAGUGGCUGGACCGCGGCGCCGACCCCGACCGGAUCUAUAUAAGACAGGGCAUGGAAAGCCAGAAGACGGCGGAACAACAGAAGGAAACAGCCAUGAAACAACUGUCCAACUCUCAACUGAAUUAUGGGUUUAGGAGGUGGUUGAUCGGCCUCCGAGGCCGGCUCGUAGGCAGACCGCCGCUCGUUGUCGCGUGCCGGCACGGCCACAUCGACGCGGCGCGGUUAUUGCUGGACAACGGCGCGGACGUUAAUCUGGCGAAUAAGUGGGGUGUGACGCCGCUGUACGCCGCCUGCUUAAAGGGCUACGUCGACACGGCGCGGCUGUUGCUGGAGCGCGGUGCGGACAUCAACCGACCGCAAGAGAACGGCUGCACGGUGCUAUACGGUGUAUGCGAGGACGGGAUAUUUGACGAGGCGCUUCUGGUCUUUCUGCUGAAUAGUGGGGCGAAUACCAACCAGGCUGCGGAGGGGGGCUGGACGCCGCUGCACAUCGCAUGCUUUGAGGGCCGGGUCGACGCGGCGCGGUGGUUGCUGGAAUACGGCGCGGACGUAAAUCGGGUGUUGGAGGACGGCGGGACGGCGCUGCACAUCGCCUGUCAGGAGGGCCACGUCGACAUGGCGCGGCUAUUGCUGGACAACGGCGCGGAGGUCAACAAUCGGGCGAUGGAGGACGGUGCGACGCCGCUGUGCAUCGCCUGUCAGGAGGGCCACGUCGACACUGCGCGGAUGUUGCUGGACAAAGGGGCGGACGUCGAUCAGGCGAGAGAUGACGGUUCGACGCCAAUGUCCAUCGCAAAACAAGAGGGCCACUCGGCCGUCGUCUCGCUGCUGGAGGACCACAUGUAUCCGCUACACGCCGCGGCCAAAAACGGAGACGUCGCCGCGCUGACGCGGCUCCUAGACGGGAAUGUGCCCACGGAAUCGGCGGGCGGGGAGUCGUCGCAGGAAGAAUCAUACGACGCUGACCAGGAUGACUGCCGCCUGAAAAUCGAUGAUAGCUUCUCUACGCCGAGUGACGAUUUCGUCACUGUGGCAAGGCUGAAGGUCCCCGCAGGGCACGAGGCGAGCUGCGCGAACAUGUCCGGGCUCUGGACCAACCUAUUCUUCGGAGAUCGGAAGGGGAGACUACGUUUGACGUUGUUCAGGGGCGAGGAGGAAGUCGCCUCUUCUGAACUGUCUGACGGGCCGCACGAGAAUAGCGUCUUGAGACUCGAGCUCGAAAAUAUCUCCGCGGUCGCCGGCGACGCGGUUGCCGUGCAGACCAUCGUGGGCGGCGGUGCUUCCGGCAACGUGGGCGGCGAGAUUUCGAUUAAUGCUACCUUGCUUUUGGACGCUGUCCCAGUUAAGGAGAGCCGUCCGGGACGGCAACUGGAGAUCGACGCGCUUAGGAACGAUAACACUCCGCUCAUGCUUGCGUGCGAGAACGGCCACAUCGACGCGGCGCGGGUGUUGCUGGACAAAGGCGCCAACAUCAGUUUUGCGGACGGGAAGGGUCGGACACCGUUAACUGCCGCGUGCUGGGGCGAGGACGCAGAUAUGCGGCCCCACGUCGACGUGGCGCGGCUAUUGUUGGAGCGGGGCGCGGAUGUCAAUCAUGCCGAGAACGACGGCACGACAGCGCUCUACCUCGCCUGUCAGAACGGCCACGUCGACAUGGUGCGUCUAUUGCUGGAGCAUGGAGCCGCAUUUGACCGGGCAGGCAUGAGCGGCACGACGCCAUUGUCCAUCGCAAAGAGACAUGGCCACUUGGCCGUCGUCGAGCUGAUCGAGGACCGCAUGCCGAAGACGGACGACGCCGCGCCUUCGGGCGCCAUGAUGGUCAUGGCGCCACCCUGAGGGGUCGACUAAGAAUCUGUGCG